GCAGGCUUUUAUUUUUUUAUUCUGAAGCAACCCAGAAAAGUGUGUGUAUUUCCGGUUGCUGAACACAAGCGCGAGGCUGCCCAUCGCUCACAUUUCAAGCUGCAACCGCAACGUAUGGAGGCGAGAGAGGAUCUCUACCCCGCCUGAUGAGCUCCAUCUCGGAUACCACCUCCUAAGUACCCCCGCGGGCCGUGAAAAGACACUUUUUUUGGUUUAAAAAAAGAAAGAGUCCACAUCCUCGACCGUGUGAGGGGUUUUAUUGAAAAAAAGGGCGUGUGUGUUGUCAGCAGUGGAUGUGUUAGUGAGGACAUUUUGACACCACCUGGCCAGGAUGGGCUGCACGCUGAGCACCGAGGACAAGGCGGCGGUGGAGCGGAGCAAGAUGAUCGACAAGAACCUGCGGGACGACGGCGAGAAGGCGGCCCGGGAGGUCAAGCUGCUGCUGCUGGGCGCCGGAGAGUCGGGAAAGAGCACCAUCGUCAAGCAGAUGAAGAUCAUCCAUGAGGCGGGCUACUCGGAAGAGGAGUGCAAGCAGUACAAGGCGGUGGUCUACAGCAACACCAUACAGUCCAUCAUCGCCAUCAUCCGAGCGAUGGGCCGCCUUAAGAUCGACUUUGGCGACACCGCCAGAGCCGACGAUGCGCGGCAGCUGUUCGUGCUGGCAGGCUCCGCUGAAGAGGGCUUCAUGACCGCCGAGCUGGCGGGCGUCAUCAAGCGGCUGUGGAGGGACGGUGGCGUCCAGGCGUGCUUCAGCCGCUCGCGGGAGUACCAGCUCAACGACUCUGCCGCAUACUACCUGAACGACCUGGAUCGGAUCUCACAGGGAGCCUACAUCCCCACGCAGCAGGAUGUGCUGAGGACCCGGGUCAAAACCACGGGCAUCGUGGAGACCCACUUUACUUUCAAAGACCUGCACUUCAAAAUGUUUGACGUUGGCGGUCAGCGCUCCGAGCGUAAGAAGUGGAUCCACUGCUUCGAGGGCGUGACCGCCAUCAUCUUUUGCGUGGCCCUCAGCGACUACGACCUGGUGCUGGCCGAAGACGAGGAGAUGAACCGAAUGCACGAGAGCAUGAAGCUCUUCGACAGCAUCUGCAACAACAAGUGGUUCACGGACACGUCUAUCAUCCUCUUCCUCAACAAGAAGGACCUGUUUGAAGAGAAGAUCAAGAAGAGUCCUCUCACCAUCUGCUACCCGGAGUACGCAGGCUCCAACACGUACGAGGAGGCGGCCGCCUACAUCCAGUGUGAGUUUGAGGACCUGAACAAGCGCAAGGACACCAAGGAGAUUUACACUCACUUCACCUGCGCCACCGACACCAAGAACGUGCAGUUUGUCUUCGACGCCGUCACCGACGUCAUCAUCAAGAACAACCUGAAAGACUGCGGCCUCUUCUGAGGGCCACCGAGCACGACGACAUUUUGUGGGGUUAGGCUGGAAUGUAAACCGAGCGGGAGAAAAAUCGUUCCCACCGCCGCACUGUACCAUAAACGCCACUUUUAUCAGCUUUAUUUAUGUCUUUUUGUCCCUGAACUAUUGUUUGCAUCCGUUUGUCGGAGGAAGAAGACACUCUCUCUUGUUGUCAAGAGCCAGAGGGGAGUUAAGGAUCCCACGUUUGAGUCCCAGUCGGUUUGGUACUCAUGCCCUCAAGUGCGGCCGCGGCCUCCGCGCUCGCUCUAUUGCCUGCUGACUCCUUUUAUCGUCCCCCAUCAUACGUCUGGGUCCUCGCUGUCGGCUGCGUGGACGCCGCCCUUGUCAAGAGAAUGGCACAGGAAGUCUCCAUGGUGACCAACGUGUCGCCUCCUCCCUCGCCAUAGCCCGUGCAGCACAAUAGCAAAAUGUAUAUAUCGUUACAUUCAGAUCAGGGCUUGUCUUUUUCAAGGCUGUAAAAUAAUAUCAUCCUUUCAUCUGACAUUUUAUUGCGGGGAGACGUCGCCGAGUGUUUGGGAGACACAAAGAAAGAGGACAUGACUUGUAGCUGUGGUUUCCGGCCCAACCACAAACAAAGAUGGUGGACAAUUGAGUCCCGGUAGCCUGGCACUACUUUCCCGCGCGGAGGGAUACAACAUGUGUAACGGUCUCCACAGAGACUGAUAACCUUUGUAGCCUCACCUCCCUUAUUUUGAUAAUAAAAACACACAAGUCA